CUGACUUGGCGGGAGCAUCUGCUUUGGACUGACGUCUGAGUGCGCAGAAAUGCGGAAGGUGGUUUUGGUCACCGGGGCGAGCAGUGGCAUUGGCCUAGCUCUUUGCAAGCGGUUGUUGGCUGAAGACUGGGACCUUCACCUGUGCCUGGCAUGCAGGAAUAUGGGCAAAGCAGAGGCUGUCCGGGAUGCGCUGGUAGCCUCUCACCCUACUGCGGAGGUCACCGUUGUGAAAGUAGAUGUGAGCAACCUGAAAUCAGUGUUCCAUGCUGCCAAGGAGCUUAAGCAACGGUUUCAAAGAUUAGAUUAUAUAUAUCUGAAUGCUGGAAUCAUGCCUAACCCAAAGCUAAACAUCAAAGCACUUUUCUGUGGCCUAUUUUCAAGAAAUGUGAUUCAUAUGUUUUGCACAGCUGAAGGACUGCUGACACAACAUGACAAAGUCACUGUUGAUGGGCUCCAGGAGGUGUUUGAAACCAAUGUCUUCGGUCACUUUAUUCUGAUUCGGGAACUAGAACCUCUGCUCUGUCACAGUGACAGUCCAUCUCGGCUCAUCUGGACAUCAUCUCGUAACGCAAAGAAAUCUAAUUUCAGUCUUGAGGACAUGCAGCACAGCAAAGGCCAGGAACCCUACAGCUCUUCCAAGUACGCCACUGAUCUUCUGAGUGUGGCUUUGAACCGGAACUUCAACCAGCAGGGUCUCUAUUCCAAUGUGGUGUGUCCUGGUACAGUAAUGACCAACUUGACCUAUGGAAUUCUUCCUCCCUUUGUGUGGAUACUUCUGAUGCCCAUAAUAUGGCUGCUUCGCUUUUUUGCACAUGCGUUCACUCUGACACCACACAAUGGAACAGAAGCACUGGUAUGGCUUUUCCACCAAAAACCCGAGUCUCUUAACCCGCUGACCAAAUACCUGAGCGCCACCACAGGUCUGGGAAACAAUUACGUCACUAUGCAAAAGCUGGAUGUAGACGAAGAUACUGCUGAAAAAUUUUACCAAAACUUAUUGGAACUGGAAAAGCGUGUUAGGCUCACCAUUCAAAAAUCAGAUCACCAGAGCUGACGUGACACUUUGAGGACCACCAGGUACCUUCUGGACGUUCUGGGACAUGUGACUUUGUGUUGACCUGGAGGGCACAUGUUUGUAGUAAGAUAUGAGCUCUGAUCUCUUUUGCUCCCCUGCAGGUGAGAAAAAGAUGGGUAGAGUUAGAUACUCUCCUGAAUGAGUGUCACACCAAAAGGACCAAAGUCACCCAAGAGAACAUCUCUUUAUAUUGGUCUGCCAUCUGGAGCCCCAUCUAGACUAUGUGAAAAAGGACAACCUGGAAUAUUGUGACAGAGGUACGCUGUGGAUCUCUGACAGGCCUGGUCCUAACAAGAGGAGGAGUGUCUUGAGUCUCAUUCCUUUCUUUGUGAACGUUAUCCCCCCUCAGGUCUGUUGCGUGUCUUCUCCCUGAGCCACUUCUGUGAUCCUAACCUGAGACUGUUAGAUUCCAAAUGAUCCUAAUAUGGAUGCCUGUGUACUUAAUCCUGGAAACAAAACUGUGUGUGUGUUUGGAUCCCUCAGAUUAUGUUCUCACCUUAAAAGUGCCUUGUAUUGAUUUGGGCUUGACCCUUAACACCGUUUGCAGGUUGUUCAGUAGUGACCAACUCAUUUUCCUGAUCAUAUUUUAAUUGGUGGAAGCUGGCAGUAGAACGUUAUCUCCUCCCAUUAAGUUUCACUCUAAUUCAAGUCGAAGAUGUGCCGAUUGCGCAUCAGCCCUGUGUGAAGUCCACUGCAGAACAGUGGCGGAGAGCAGCUCGCUUCAUUUAUGUGUAGUAACCAAGCAGAGCCUUCUCUUCAUUAAUUUUAAAGUGGUCACAACCCAGGCUUCAUCUGACAGGAAAACAAAAUGCUGAAAUACCUCCACAGUGUUAUCAUAAAUAAAAGCAAUGUAACAUUUGAAUGUAAUAAAGUCAGUAAAAUUUUGAGUGAAUAAAUAGAAGGGGAAAAUGAUCCAUACGUGCAAUUUCUCUGUAGUUUAAAGUGUAUAUAGAGUGUUUUGUUUCUUUGGUUGCAGUUUCUGUAAUGUUGUGAAAGAUGUUUUAGGAAGGUAAAUAGCAUUGUAUAGGAGAAAGUGUGGGCGGCAGCCUGGGACCCGUGGGUUGUCUUGGGGGGAGGAGGCUGAGGUGAUUUGCACUGUGUCACCCACUGUCACUUUGGAAGUGGCCUCUGGCCUGCUGUGAAUCUCAGGUUCCUUGUCUGUAAAGCGGAGGCAUCCUUUCUGUUUCCUCUCCUCAUGGGGCAGCCUGAAGAGACAAUGCAAUAACUGUGUGAGUAAAGGAAUGAGUGUUGGCUUUGCUUUCCUGUUUGCGAAUCGUGGUGC